AUGGAGAAAAUGGAAGAGAAGAAAAGGAUAGUGUUAGUUCCGGUUCCAGCACAAAGACAUGUAACUCCAAUGAUGCAGCUUGGCACAGCCCUAAACAUGAAGGGCUUCUCUAUUACUGUUGUUGAAGGACAGUUCAAUAAAGUAAGCUCAUCUCAAAACUUUCCUGGUUUUCAAUUUGUAACCAUACCAGAUACAGAGAGCUUGCCAGAGUCUGUGCUCGAGAGACUCGGACCGGUCGAGUUUUUAUUCGAGAUCAACAAAACCAGUGAGGCAAGCUUCAAGGACUGUAUAAGGCAGUCGUUGCUGCAACAAGGCAAUGAUAUAGCAUGUAUCAUCUACGACGAGUAUAUGUACUUCUGUGGAGCUGCAGCUAAGGAGUUCAACCUUCCUAGUGUAAUAUUCAGCACACAAAGUGCUACUAAUCAAGUUUCCCGUUGCGUUUUAAGAAAACUCAGUGCCGAGAAGUUCUUGGUGGACAUGGAAGAUCCUGAAGUGCAGGAAACGUUGGUGGAAAAUUUGCAUCCAUUAAGAUACAAAGACCUACCAACUUCAGGAGUUGGGCCACUAGAUCGAUUAUUUGAGCUCUGUAGGGAAAUAGUCAACAAAAGAACAGCUUCCGCUGUUAUCAUCAACACAGUGAGAUGUCUAGAGAGCUCGUCUCUGAAACGUCUGCAACAUGAACUCGGGAUUCCGGUGUACGCAUUAGGCCCUCUUCACAUUACAGUUUCAGCAGCUUCUAGUUUACUGGAAGAGGACAGGAGCUGCGUUGAAUGGUUGAACAAGCAAAAACCGAGGUCAGUCGUUUACAUAAGCUUGGGGAGCGUAGUUCAAAUGGAAACCAAAGAAGUGUUAGAGAUGGCUCGGGGUUUAUUUAAUAGCAACCAGCCUUUCUUAUGGGUCAUUCGGCCUGGCUCUAUCGCAGGCUCCGAAUGGAUAGAGUCACUGCCAGAGGAAGUCAUUAAGAUGGUCUCCGAAAGAGGGUAUAUUGUGAAAUGGGCACCACAGAUAGAAGUACUUGGACAUCCUGCAGUGGGAGGAUUCUGGAGCCACUGUGGAUGGAACUCAACGCUUGAAAGCAUUGUGGAAGGAGUUCCAAUGAUAUGCAGGCCCUUUCAUGGCGAGCAAAAGUUAAACGCACUGUGUUUAGAGAGUAUUUGGAGAAUAGGGUUUCAGGUGCAAGGUAAGGUAGAGAGGGGAGGGGUCGAGAGAGCUGUGAAGAGGUUGAUAGUGGAUGAAGAAGGUGCAGACAUGAGAGAGAGAGCCCUUGUUUUAAAAGAGAAUCUCAAAGCCUCUGUAAGAAAUGGAGGCUCCUCAUACAACGCAUUGGAGGAGAUCGUUAACCUCAUGUAG